AAAUUACCAGUUCAAAAAGCAAAUGUCUAAAGGUACUCAUCUCUGCUAAUUAAAUUAGGCAAGAAAUCAGAACCCUUAUUAAUGGAAGUCGAUAUAGUGGAAAAGGAAUCUCAUUAGAGAACUAAAGAAGGUAGUAUAUUAUUCUUGAUUUAUCUAGAAAUAAAAAGAAAAGGAAUUUCUAAUGAACCACAUCCAAAGGAUAGAGAAUCUGGAACAGGAAGAGGGUAUGAUAAUUAAUGUAUAUGUUGAUAGAAAAGAGAUGAGAAAGAAUGGAGCUGGAAAAAAUAAUUGGGGAACAUACCAAGAUGACAUGAAAGACUAUGGAGUCGAUGAAAAUGAUCAGGAAGACAUGUACUAUGAAGAAAUAGAACAAAACUCUACUAAAUUUAGAGCAGCUAAUUAGGGGAUUAUAGUUGAUGACCAUAAUUUCCCAAAACUUAGUUGA